UGUAAACCGUUGAAACUCUUUUGUCCGUAUGCACUUCGCCCCCAAAGUCUUUAGUAUCUCCAGACUCCAGACCAGAAAAACUUUGAUCAGAAAACCAAACAAAAUUGUUUUACGGAAAACGGAAAUCUACGAAUUGCAAAGUUGAAAUUCUACGCAAAGACAUUUGAUUCGAUCUAUAUUCUAAGUUGACGAACUUAAUUUUGGGUAUAUCAAUAUUUUAAGAGCAAGAGCAUUGAAGUGUUGUAAUUGAUGGAAGAAGAUAAAAAGAAGAAGAGAAAUAAGAAAAAGAAAGGAAAACAAAAUAAAACUCCAGAUGUAGAAACCACUUCUGUGGAGCAGAAUACUAAUAAUGGUACACAGACAUCAGGGACUGCUGAUUCUCAGACUUCUUCUGUGGCACUGGAAUCUGAUGGAAGACUAGACAUGCAUCACAGUAAUGGAGCGGAAAAUGUAAGUCAAAAAUGCGUUGAAGAACUAAAGCAAGUUCAACUGGACAAGGAUUCAUGGAGUUUGAAGGAGGCUAACUUAGAAGAGGAAAUUACAAAGUUACGGAUUGAAAAGGAUUCCUGCACACAGAGGGAGGCGAACUUAAAUGAGAAAAUUGAACAAUUACAGAAUGAAAAAGCUUCACUUGUUCAGAUAGAGGCGAGCUUAAAUGACAAAAUUGAACAAUUACAGAAUGAGAAAGCUUCACUUGUUCAGAGAGAGGAUGUUUUGGAGAAGAAAAUAAUGCAGUUACAGAGUGAAAAAGAUUCUUGGCUUCAAAAGGAGGCUGCUUUAGAGGAUAAAAUCAAACACUUGGAGAGUGAUGUAGAAUCUUUGGCUUGUAAGGAGGGCACUUUGGAGGAGAAAAUCAAGCACUUGGAGAAUGAUAGAGAAUCAUUGGCCUUAAAGGAGAACUUAGCGCAGGAAACAUUAACUAGACUGGAUGCGGAUAAGAUGGAGAUACAAGCAAAGGUGAAGGAGUUGGAAGAAUCCCGAGACUAUCUCGCGCAAGAGAACCAACAGUUGAAGGAAACUGUAUCUGUUCUGCAGUCAGAAAUUCAAACCCUUGCAAAGGGUUCUUCUGCUGCUGCUGCUGCCUCAACUUCAGAGAUGGUGACUGAACUGAACGAGCAUGAUAACGGGAGUACCCAUGGUGAAUCCUCUUCAAUUCCUCCUAAUCAUGACUCGGCAGUAGUAUUACUUGAAACAGUCGCUGUCCCUGAUUAUGUGCCAGAGUCAAGUGAGGGAGCUCCUGAAUCUGUUGUGCCUUUGGGGUCUUCGUUGAGCAAUCAAAACGAAGACAAACAGAAUACCACUAAUAACAGAGAGAUGGAAUCUAUACCUGUUACUGUAAGCCAGAGCGAAGAAUCAUCAGGAGAACCUUACAAAGCGAGUGAGAUUGAGGAAAUUGUGCAAGUUCCCUUGGAUGAUAAUGAAAUUAAGGAGGUGGAGUCACAAGCUACCGAGUCUGAUGAAAAGACUGGUAUCCCACUAUCAGAUGCUCCAUUGAUUGGAGCCCCUUUCAGGCUGAUAUCAUUUUUUGCAAGAUACAUCAGUGGUGCAGACCUGGUUGACAAAAAUACAUCUAGUUCUGGCAGGUAAUUGUUGAUACCUCGUGGGACUGAAUUUGAAAACUCCCUUAUAUUUAUUUUUGUUAGAAAGAUGAAAUAACCUCUUGUGGGGAUUGAAAGAUUCAACCCAAAGAAGUAAUUAUAGGGCCUGUUAACCAACACCUUUAAUUUGUUAUUUUUUUUACACAAAUUGAACCACAGAAAAUGUAACAUAGUACUUAAUUGUGAUUUUUGUUCUUGAAAACUUUUGACAGUCCAAGACGGAACCUUUUUUGUUGUUUGAUGGAUCAUCUUUCUGAUAUCACAGUGAUUAACUGAACUGA